AAAAGAAAAUAUUAAAUCAAAAAUGGGUGGAGAUCAGAUGGAUGCUGAAAAUAACCAUAAAAGAUGGUCAUCUGGAAAGGAAAAUAAGGAACAUACUUGUCGUAGGUUUGCCCUAAAGCCAGAGGAUGAUUAUGGCGAACCCAAGCAAAAAAGAUUCAAACUGGAAAACAAUACAAAACCUGCCAUGGACAGACAAAAAACUGAAAAAGAAGACGUCUGGAAAUGGUGGGAGGAGGAGAAUCGCAACGAUGGCAACAAAUGGUUAACACUAGAGCAUAAGGGUCCGGUUUUUACUGAACCGUAUAAACGUUUACCAGCUAAUGUGCGGUUUUUGUAUGACGGCAAACCAUUUCAGCUAAGCAAAGAAACCGAAGAGGCAGCUACAUUUUAUGCCAAAAUGUUAAAUCAUGAAUGUUGCAGAAAUAGAAUUUUUUAUAGAAAUUUUUUUAGGGACUUUCGGCUCACCAUGACCGCAAGGGAGCGCAAGAUUAUCAAAGAUUUCCAUAAAUGCAAUUUUUAUGAAAUUUUCAAAUUCUUUCAAGCUGAAUCAAAUAAACGUCUGGCAGCUACCAAAGAAGAAAAGUUGGCAAAAAGAAAGAAAAACGAAGCUUUUGUGAACAAAUAUGGUUUUUGCCUAGUAGAUGGUCAUCGUGAGAGAAUUAGUAAUUUUCGUUUAGAACCUCCAGGACUAUUUCGAGGACGUGGCGAUCAUCCGAAAAUGGGUAUGAUCAAGCGUCGGGUUCAAGCAUGCGAUAUAAUCAUUAACUGUGGCAGGGAUUCCAAAAUACCAAUGCCACCACGUGGUCAAAUGUGGAAAGAAGUACGGCACGAUAAUACUGUAACAUGGUUGGCCUCCUGGGUGGACAAUGUACAGGGUCAAAGCAAAUACAUUAUCUUGAAUUCAUGGUCCAAAAUUCGAUGUGAAAGUGAUCACAACAAAUAUGAGACAGCUCGCCGUUUACACAAGUUUAUUGACAAGAUUCGUGCUACAUAUAGAGAGGAAUGGAAAUCCAAAGAUAUAUUCGUACGCCAAAGAGCAGUCGCUUUGUAUUUUAUUGAUAAAUUAGCCCUUAGAGUGGGCAAUGAAAAGGAAAAGGAUCAGGCCGAUACAGUUGGUUGCUGUUCAUUGCGAGUGGAACAUGUUCAGCUCCACCGACGCCUUAUGGAUAAAGAGUAUGUGGUUGCUUUUGAUUUCCUUGGCAAAGAUUCUAUUAGAUACUACAAAACAGUCGAGGUAGAGCCGCGUGUCUUUAACAAUCUAAAACUCUUUGUGAAGGACAAGGGGAAAAGUUAUUAUGUCUUUGAUUGUCUCAAUGCCCAUGAGCUCAACGAUCAUCUGAAGAACUUGAUGAUUGGACUCACGACCAAAGUAUUUCGUACAUAUAACGCUUCUCUAACGCUACAAAAUCAAUUGGACGAGUUGACCGAUGAAGAGGCAACAGUCGCAGAGAAACUACUGGUCUAUAAUCGCGCCAAUCGAGCUGUUGCUAUACUUUGUAAUCAUCAACGUUCCAUACCUAAAGGUCAUCAGCAAAUCAUGGAGAAUUUAAGAAAGAAAAUACAUAACAAAAGCAAUGCCAUCAAUGAUCUCGAAGCCGAAUUCAACGAACUGAAGAGAUCCGCUACUCUUUCUGGAACGGCUAAAGAUAAAAAGAUUGCCGAAUGCAAGGGCAAGCAGCUUGAACGUUUAAAGGACCAGCUUAAGAAGCUAAAACUCGAAGAGACUAAUCGAGAGGAGAAUAAGUGUGUUGCCUUGACUACAUCAAAGUUAAAUUAUAUUGAUCCACGUAUAUCGGUGGCUUGGUGUAAAAAGAAUAAUGUACCGAUUGAAAAGAUCUUUAAUAAAACGCAGAGAACGAAAUUUCUUUGGGCUAUACACAUGGCCGAUGAAAAUUAUCAUUUUCCAGAAGAAUCACCUGUGAUCGAUGAUGACAAUUAAAAACAACUAAUAGCAGGACUAUAAUUUCCGAAGGCAACAUAUUUUAAACAAUAAAAAACUUUACAUUAACUUUCUAAAUCAACUUAAAAACUAUCUUAGUCCUAUUUGAUAACGAAUAAAGAUCACAUAAAGAUCAAAGCUUAUCCAACUCAAGGCUUUUACCUACAAAUAUGUUGAUGAAUUAGAAUAGUGUUUAGUGUUUAAGUACAU